AUGCCCGUUCUGCCCGCCAGCCGCCUGGGCCUGCUGCUCGACACCUGUCUCGAUGACCGCUGUGUUGCGUGCCAGCAGCACUCUCGACCAGUAACACUCUCGACUGCUGACCGCCCGACUGCCCACAAGGACCCUUGGACCCUGGACUCACCUCACCACCUCCGACCUGGCCCUGCUCCCGAGCUUGUUCCUGAACAUCCGCCCCGGUUUACGACAUUGUGCGAUCUGAACCGCCCCCUGAGAUCGCCUCACCGUCGGCAAUCCCUCGACUCGGCCAUUUGCGCCCACAUACGCACACGACAACAUUCUCGAGACUUCUACAAUGGCCUUGUCAUAUUACGAGUUGGGAACUCCAUGGGCCCGCGUUCUUUUUCGAUCUGUUCACACCUCGUCGAUAACCGCUCUCGCCUGAAGCACCAGAGCGCUUGA